AAGGCAUACCCAAUGAGCGCACUUGAGCACCUCCCCAAAAUCUUCUGAUUACAAGCGCUGGAUGUUUACAAAUGCCGCGCGCGCAUAAAGGCGACAGAUGAGCAGAGCCGGCUUUAGUAUACCGGUACAAGAAAGGCAUGGAGAAAGGCAGACCGGCGGAUUUCACACUUUGUGGAGGCGCAAAGGCAAAAUUUUAGUGCAACCACAUCCUGGAAUAUUCUUGCGUUCACAUCUCGCUGUCUUUCUUAUUUUGCGCUUUAUAAAUCAAACAGAUUUCUCGCGCACAAACAUGUUUUUGUUGCUAAGGUCAGUUCUUCUUGUUAACGUGUUCUAUGCUCAAUGGGGAAUUGUGAAUUCAAUGCAGAGUCAGUUGUGCGUGCCCGUCAGACUGGAUCAUGUCAAGAACAAUUUAGUCAGUGCUGAAGACAACACGUUGCCGCAAACAGUUGUAUUCAAAAUAAGUGCAUUUGAACAAGAUUUUGUACUCGAAUUACAGCCUGACUCCAGCUUCAUUGCUCCAGCUUUCUCGACGCACACCGACGCAACUGCUCAAAAUUCCGCGCACAGUGAAGAUCUGAGCCGGUGUUUUUACGCCGGUGAGGUGCAUUCUGAUCCCUAUUCCUAUGCAGCGCUCAGCUUGUGCAAGGGGCUGCAGGGCGCAUUCGGUUACGAUGGCUGGGAAUAUUUCAUCAAGCCGGCUUUGAACGACACCGACUGGAACGGUGUGCAUGCGCAUCUCAUCAGCCGCAGAUCUAACGCCAAUCUGAGUGGAAACUCCACGUCAAGAUGCGGCGUGGACAGUGGUGUGACCCAAACCGUUGCACAGUCUUUGGCGAAGUUUAAGCACCUAAAGGAACAACACAAGACUAACGUCACUAUGUCAGUUCUGAAAAACCGCUCGAAGAGAUUUGUCUCCAUUCCGCGUUAUGUAGAGACAUUAGUGGUGGCCGAUGAAUCCAUGGCCAAAUUCCACGGUGACGACCUCAAGCAUUACGUGCUGACCUUAAUGUCAGUGGCAGCUAAGCUUUACAAACACCCCACCAUUCUUAACUCUAUCAGCAUCGUGGUUGUCAAGUUUAUGGUGAUUAACGAGGAAGAGAAAGGACCUAAGGUUUCCGGGAACGCGGCGAUGACCCUGCGUAAUUUCUGCACCUGGCAGAAGAAGCUGAACAAAAACAGCGACAAGCAUGCGGAGUAUUGGGAUACGGCCAUCCUAUUCACAAAACAGGAUCUGUGUGGAGCCUCAACAUGUGACACACUGGGUAUGGCAGAUGUUGGCACCAUGUGUGAUCCCAAGAGAAGUUGUUCUGUGAUUGAAGAUGAUGGGUUGCCAUCUGCCUUCACUACUGCCCAUGAGCUUGGACAUGUCUUCAAUAUGCCGCACGAUAAUGUUAAGGCAUGUGAGGAAGUGUUUGGCAAGCUGCAGGACAAUCACAUGAUGUCUCCCACUCUGAUCCGGAUCAACCGCACCAGUCCCUGGUCACCAUGCAGUGCUGCCAUUAUCACUGACUACCUGGACAGUGGACACGGCGAUUGUCUGCUGGAUCAACCUCAGAAACCGUUAGCUCUUCCAGAGGUGCUCCCAGGUGCAUCGUAUGGUUUAGAGCGGCAGUGUGAGCUUGCCUUCGGUGCCGGCUCAAAGCCGUGCCCGUUCAUGCAGGCACCAUGUCAGCGCUUGUGGUGCACAGGAAAGACCCGUGGGCAACUGGUGUGCCAGACAAGACACUUUCCAUGGGCGGACGGAACCAGCUGCGGGAACGGUCAGCUCUGCAUGAGAGGCACAUGCAUGGACAAACAGGAGAUCACCAAAACUAAGGUGGAUGGCAGAUGGGGUAAAUGGGGACUGUUUGGUACCUGCUCCAGAACUUGUGGAGGUGGAGUGCAGCUUUCAAAGAGAGAGUGUGACAACCCUGUGCCAGUCAAUGGCGGCAAAUACUGCCAGGGAGUGAGGGUCAAAUACCGGUCCUGCAACCUCUCCCCAUGCCCUGACACAGGCAAGAGCUACCGUGAGGAGCAGUGUGAAGCUUACAAUGGGUUUAGCCUGAACACUAACCGGCUCACCCCCUCUGUGGUGUGGGUGCCCAAAUAUUCUGGUGUUUCGGCUAAAGAUACAUGCAAGUUGAUCUGCAGGGCAAAUGGAACAGGCUACUUCCACGUUCUUGCACCUAAGGUUGUUGAUGGUACACCAUGUUCUCCUGACUCCUCAUCAGUCUGUGUCCAAGGCAAAUGCUUCAAGGCAGGCUGUGAUGGAAAACUGGGAUCCAACAAGAAGUUUAACAAGUGUGGAGUCUGUGGAGGAGAUAAUAAGAACUGCAAGAAGGUCUCAGGCCUUUUCACUAAGCCGAUGCAUGGUUACAAUUUUGUGGUCAUGCUCCCUGUGGGAGCCUCUAACGUCGACAUCAGGCAGCGUGGCUACAAGGGCAUCGUGAGUGAUGACAACUAUCUUGCUGUCAAGAACAGCCAGGGCAAGUACCUGCUGAAUGGAAACUAUGUGGUUUCAGCCAUGGAGAAGGAUAUUCUUGUGAAAGGAAGUCUGCUCCGCUACAGUGGAACAGUUGGCUCCUCAGAAACUCUUCAGGCUGUGAAGCCUCUGGGAGAAGCCCUGGUAAUUGAAGUGCUAUCUGUAGGCCAGAUGACACCUCCACGUAUCCGCUAUUCUUUCUACUUGCCACGGGAGAGCAAAGAUGCCAAGGUGCAAAAGAAAGAAGAAAAGGCACGUGCUGAAAACAGUGUUCUUAGGGAAGAGAGCGGAAUCAGUAAAAGUGGAAAAGAGGCAGAUCUUCUUAAGGACACAAUCUCGCCAUCGUAUGUCAAAGAUAUUCCACCAAAACCAGGAAAGUGGGUGGCGGCCGGGUGGGACGUGUGCUCGGUUACUUGCGGUAAUGGGCUCCAGAGGAGGAUGGUGCAGUGUCUCGGGGGAGAUGGUGGGCCUGGAAUGGACUGUGAGCCUGUCCAAAAACCCAGUGCUAUUCAGGCGUGUGGAGACCCUUGCCCCAUGUGGGAGGUGGGCGACUGGUCCCCCUGCUCCAAGACCUGUGGGAAGGGCUUCAAACGGCGCCUGAUUCGCUGCGUUACAAAUGUAGGAAAGCUGCUUCCCAGGGAGAAGUGUGCAGAGAAAAAGAAGCCACAGGAACUGGACUUCUGUUCAUUAGCCCCUUGUAAAUAAUCCACCCCUCCAUUUAAUAUUUCUCUGCAUGGACCUUCUAUUUUGUCAAAUUGCAUAUUCAGCAGAGAAAAGUACAAAGAAAAAAGACUAUAAGUAUAUAUUUUUUCAUCUGUUUGACAAUGGGGAAAAAUGGACAGCUGUGGAAAAAAAUGACUGAUAAAAGACAGACAAUUGAGGUUGUGAGAUAAACAGGAUUGAACACAAAUGCAAAUAGUACUCUACCUCUAAUUCUAACCAAAUCCAUCACCUGUAAAUCAUCCAGAUGAGACCAAAUUCAAAAUCAUGCCUGAUGUCAUUAAAAUUUUUUGGUAUUAAUAAGUAACAGGUACAUGUACAUUUUUUGUAUGUUUGAAUACAUAC